UACAGUAUAUGGUGUUGGAAUUGUACUGCUGUGUGUGUUCAGGAAGGUGGUACAGGCACAACAGUAAUGACGUAGAUGACAGACUCGCGCCAACGGUGCAUUGUGGGUCCAACCCAAGAUGGCGGCGCCCUUGCUGGAGUGCUGAUGAAGUGCUUCUGCUGAUCAUUUCUCAGGAUUGUGUGUGAUUUACACGCGACACAUCGCACACAACUAUCCAGUAGUGACGCCGGCUUGUGGCAGAGGACUGUACAAGCCUGACUGUUGUUAAGUGUGUACGGUGGCUGGCGUGGCUGCGGCAGACUGUCCGUGUGAAGAUGGGCCUCGUCUCCAGCCCCUUCCCAUAGCGAAGAGCAGUGGGGAGAGGAGCAACAGAUUCCCCUGCAAACACGCACCCGUCCAACUUGGAUUUGACGGUUUUGAUAUACUGUAUAGACUGUGGACGCUGUCUUACAAUUUUCUUAACGGAAUUGUUUGUGCGACGGUAUCUGUCAUCGUAAGGAGAAGAAGAGUUUUCCCGGCCAUCGUAGAGCAUCUCUCCACACCAAGGGUCCUAAUGAAAAUGGAUGCAGACUUGCUUCACUCUACUGUGGGCCUCUCAGAGGAGGAGCCCGACAUGAAUGACUGGGAGCUGCCCCUGGCCUUCAUGAAGAAACGGCACUCUGAGAAGAUUGAGGGCUCCAAGGCUCUAGCGCAGAGCUGGAGGAUGAAGGACAGGAUGAAGACCGUGAGUGUAGCCCUGGUGUUGUGUCUCAAUGUGGGAGUGGACCCCCCGGAUGUGGUCAAGACAUCACCCUGCGCUAGAUUGGAAUGCUGGAUAGAUCCUCUGUCAAUGAGUCCACAGAAAGCCUUGGAGACGAUUGGGGCUAACCUGCAGAAGCAAUAUGAAAACUGGCAGCCAAGGGCACGUUACAAACAAAGCCUGGAUCCAACUGUGGAUGAGGUGAAGAAGCUAUGCACGUCACUGAGACGCAACGCCAAAGAGGAGCGGGUCCUCUUUCACUACAAUGGACAUGGGGUUCCACGGCCCACCGUCAAUGGAGAAAUUUGGGUUUUUAAUAAGAACUACACCCAGUACAUCCCACUGUCCAUCUACGACCUUCAGACCUGGAUGGGGAGCCCAUCCAUUUUUGUCUAUGACUGCUCCAAUGCGGGGAUCAUUGUUAAGUCCUUCAAACAAUUUGCCCUGCAGCGAGAGCAAGAGCUGGAGGUGGCCGCAAUCAAUCCCAGCCAUCCACUUGCACAGAUGUCGCUGCCCCCUUCCAUGAAGAACUGCAUCCAGCUGGCUGCUUGUGAGGCCAGCGAGUUGCUACCAAUGAACCCUGACCUUCCUGCUGAUCUCUUCACCUCUUGUCUCACUACACCCAUAAAAAUUGCUCUGCGGUGGUUUUGUAUGCAGAAGAGCUCCAAGUUGGUGCCAGGGGUUACGUUAGACCUCAUUGAGAAAAUCCCUGGCAGACUCAACGACAGGCGCACUCCCCUCGGCGAGCUAAACUGGAUCUUCACGGCCAUCACUGAUACUAUUGCCUGGAACGUGCUGCCCAGAGAUUUGUUCCAGAAGUUGUUUCGCCAGGACCUUCUGGUGGCCAGUUUGUUCCGCAAUUUCCUAUUAGCAGAGAGGAUAAUGAGGUCGUACAACUGCACGCCAGUCAGCAGCCCACGCCUGCCUCCGACAUACAUGCACGCCAUGUGGCAAGCGUGGGACCUGGCUGUGGAUAUCUGCCUGUCUCAGCUGCCAACUAUCAUCGAGGAGGGCACAGCAUUCAGGCACAGUCCUUUUUUUGCAGAACAGCUGACAGCGUUUCAGGUUUGGUUGACAAUGGGCGUGGAGAACCGGAACCCUCCCGAGCAGCUCCCCAUUGUAUUGCAGGUCCUCCUGAGUCAAGUGCAUCGACUUCGGGCUCUGGACCUUCUUGGGCGCUUUCUGGACCUUGGACCCUGGGCUGUCAGUCUGGCCCUGUCUGUUGGGAUCUUUCCUUACGUCUUGAAGCUACUCCAGAGCUCAGCCAGAGAGCUGCGGCCACUGCUGGUUUUCAUAUGGGCAAAAAUCCUGGCUGUGGACAGCUCUUGUCAAGCUGACCUGGUCAAAGACAACGGCCACAAGUAUUUCCUCUCUGUGUUGGCUGACAGCUACAUGCCGGCCGAGCAUCGGACCAUGGCUGUCUUCAUAUUGGCAGUUAUUGUAAACAGCUACAGCACUGGACAGGAGGCCUGUCUGCAGGGCAACCUAAUAGCAAACUGCCUGGAGCAGCUUUCGGACCCCCAUCCCCUUCUUCGCCAGUGGGUGGCCAUAUGCCUGGGACGCAUCUGGCAGAACUUUGACCCGGCACGAUGGUGUGGAGUUCGAGAUAGCGCGCACGAGAAGCUCUACAUCUUGUUGUCUGAUCCAAUCCCUGAGGUGAGGUGUGCAGCCGUCUUUGCUCUCGGUACAUUUGUGGGAAACUCUGCUGAGAGGACGGACCAUUCCACCACCAUCGACCACAAUGUGGCCAUGAUGCUUGCCCAGCUCAUCAACGAUGGCAGUCCUGUGGUCCGCAAGGAGUUGGUGGUAGCACUGAGUCAUCUGGUGGUCCAGUAUGAAAGCAACUUCUGUACUGUUGCCAUUCAGUUCAUAGAAGAGGAGAAGAACUACACAGUGCCGUCACCAGCCAACACAGCAGAGCCUGGUAACUUGACUCCAGUGAGAGACAGCCCAGCAAUCCCACGUCUGCGAUCUGUAAACUCUUACACCAACAUUCGUGCAGUUACCACUGCCCGCAACCUGAACAAGAGCCUACAGAACCUCAACCUCAAUGAAGAGGGUGCACCAGCAGCGUUCUCUCCUGGAAACCUCAGCACCAGCAGCAGCGCCAGCAGCACCCUGGGAAGCCCCGACAACGACGAAUACAUUCUCUCCUUCGAGACCCUGGACAAAAUGCGACGGGUGUCUUCCUAUUCGUCACUCAACUCCCUUAUAGGUGUGUCUUUCAACAGUGUUUACACUCAAAUCUGGAGAGUGCUUCUGCACCUUGCUGCAGACCCUUUUCCUGAAGUGUCUGAUUUGGCCAUGAAGGUCCUCAACUGCAUUGCAUACAAGGCAAUGAUGAACGCUCGGCCUCAGAGGAUUCUAGACUCUGGUUCUCUCACCCAGUCUGCGCCAGCCAGCCCCACCAGCAAAGGCACACACAUUCAUCACACAGGUGGAUCUCCUCCCAUCCCCAGCACCAGCAGCUCAAGUCUGACCAACGAAGUGCCCAAACCCCCUACGAGAGAUCAACCGGCCACACGCUCCCCCUACACGCCCACACUAGGAGGACAGGCACCCCACUCUCACCAAUUCCCCCGCACUCGCAAGAUGUUUGACAAGGGACCCGAACAGGCCGCUGAAGACGGGGACGAGCCUUGUGGUCACAGAAACUACAUCAGCGCCGCCCUCCAGACGGGUCUGUGUGAUUGGAGUGCUAAGUACUUUGCUCAGCCAGUCACAAAGAUCCCAGAGGAGCAUGACCUGCAGAGUCAGGUGAGGAUGGAGCGGCAGUGGAGGUUUCUGAGAAAUGCUUGCGUCAGAAAGCAAAGUAGAAGCAUCACGCAAAGAGGUGUUUCUCGGCUGGACGAUCAAAUAUUCAUUAAUCGCAAUCCCGGAGUUCCCUCUGUUGUCAAGUUCCACCCCUUCAACACCUGCAUCGCUGUGGCUGACAAGGACAGCAUCUGUUUUUGGGACUGGGAGAAGGGCGAGAGGCUGGACUACUUCUACAAUGGCAACCCUCGCUACACCCGCAUCACAGCCAUGGAGUAUCUGAACGGCCAUGACUGCUCAUUACUGCUCACUGCAACAGAUGAUGGUGCCUUGCGCGUUUGGAAGAACUUUGCUGACCAGAAGAAUCCAGAGAUGGUGACGGCGUGGCAGGGCCUGUCUGAUAUGCUGCCCACUACCAGAGGUCAGCCCUCCUCCACCAGCACUCACAGUUUGGCCAGAAGGGUCUCCAUCUAUCUUGACAGGAGUAAGCAAGGAGGUGCAGGCAUGGUCGUGGACUGGGAGCAGGAAACUGGUCUCCUUAUGACGUCUGGAGAUGUUAGGAUUAUUCGAAUCUGGGAUACUGACAGAGAGAUGAAGGUCCAGGACAUCCCAACUGGAGCAGAUAGCUGUGUGACCAGCCUGUCGUGUGAUUCCCAUCGUUCGCUCAUUGUCGCCGGUUUGGGCGACGGAUCUGUGCGGGUUUUUGACAGGAGAAUGGGUCCCAAUGAAUGUCGCAUCAUGACCUACAGGGAGCACAGUGCCUGGGUGGUCAAAGCUCACCUCCAGAAGGACACAGACGGCCAUAUAAUCAGCGUCAGUGUCAACGGAGACGUUCGAUUCUUUGAACCCCGCACGCCGGACUCCAUCAAUGUGCUGCAGACGGUGAAAGGCUUAACGGCGCUUGACAUCCACCCACAGGCGAACCUGUUUGCUUGUGGAUCCAUGAACCAGUUCAUCGCUCUGUAUAACAGCAACGGUGAUGUGAUCAGCAACAUCAAAUACUACGAUGGAUUCAUGGGACAGCGAAUCGGGGCCAUCAGCUGUUUAGCCUUCCAUCCUCACUGGCCCCACCUGGCGGUGGGCAGCAACGACUACUACAUGUCCAUCUACUCGACAGAGAAGAGGCUCAGAUAACAUGCCGGUGUCCGUCAACACCCCUCCAACCUCCAGCCUUCCACCACCCACAAAAAGCCCCCCGACCCAACCCAGAGUGACUUGAGACGUUGAGCAGCGGGAUGUAAAUCAUGUUGUACAUAUGCAAUUAGCCCCUGAAUGUUGAAGCCUCGGCUGCUGACAAACACCAUAUUAUUAGAAUUAUUAUUAUUAUUAUUAUUAUGAAGCUAAUGAUUGUAGACUUAGCAGUGCUGAGGAGUGUGUAUAUUUAAAUAAAGGUCCUAUUUUAAAGAAGCGGUACUCGCCAAUCACCUCACAGCGAGCAUUAGUACCGGUAUCACCCUGCCCCUUCCCCUACGCCCCCAGCAGACAGAAAGGACACACGUGCUCACUAAUUCAGCCAAUGUGAACUAUGGAAUCCCCUUUUGUUACAUGCUGCACUAUCUGCAAGACACGUGGAAGGACGGAACCACAAGUCACUGGAGUGUGUGAGCCCCUAAAUUAUUAUGCAAACGCUUCCUUUCCUCUCUUCUUGAGUUCAGGGCUCUGCGGUGAACACCAACUCCCACUGGAUCCCACAGGGACCCCCCCAGUGCCGUCCAACCUGCUGUGCAAAGCGGAAUCCGCCUCCCACGAGGCCUACAGCUCCUCAGCGUGCCAUGUGCUGGACCUAAAAGCACAUUUGAGCGGUACCUGGUACUGUCAUGUGCCCCCCUUCCAAUGCCUUUUUCUCCUUUUGCCUUUCAGUUUUAUGUUUUUCCUUUUAUUGCUGCAAGUGUUUAGUUAGCUUGUCAAGUCUCACGUUCAGGAGGUUUGACUCCCAAACCUCACUCAGGUACCUCAACAGCCUCCAGAGCACUGAGGAGCGUGCAGGUGGACCGUCACGUGUUUGGUGUGCAAAGCAUCGCAAACAAUGUGCCGUCUUUUCUGCGGGGCUCCAGCUUUGCUUGUUUUGUUUUUUUUAUAUAUAUUUUAUCAUUUUCUCUUGGUUUUUGCAAUGUUUUGUUUUUAAUUGGGCUUGUGUGCCUUGGUCUGAGUGAGUUAGAUGGAAGAAAAAUGGGAAUACCUUUAGUGUCAUACACUGUUUUACACACACACACACACCCUCCUCUCUACUCAACUCUUUACACCAUGCUUGACCUUGAAAAGGAAUGGAAUCAUGGACUGAAGGUAAAGCAUGGCGUCUGUAGAAACUACCUUCUCUGAGCUCUUUGCGGUUUUAGCAUCCCCACGCUGCAUCACACACACACACACACACACACACACGGCUCAGAAUGACGUAUCGAGUUUUAAUAUUUUAGACCCAAGAGACUUCACGUAGUGCACAGUGCAGCCUGUGUGUUUGUCGGGUUUAUCAAACAGGUGAUGAAAUAAACCAAAUACAACAUCA